AUGUCUGCCUCUCCGCUGGAUGACGAAAAUGGUACGGCCAGAUCCCCUAGACAGCUGAGAAAGGAGCGUGUCAAUUUGGCUGGACUAGACCUCAUGCCUGAGGCUGAUGACGAGGAAUACAAGGAAGGUGAUGAAAAUGCAGAGUACGAUGAAUCCGGGGUCAAAGAUGACGACGAAGAUGCUGAGAUCAACGAUGACGAUGAUAUUGACGUUGAUGAUGAAGAUGAUGAGGUUGUCAAGCCCGGCCGUCCCAGAGGUAGAAAGAGAAAGUCUGCUAGUGACGAAUUGGACAACGAGGACGGCGAGAAGGAAGUCAAGGCUGAAGAAGAAGGUGAAAAGAAACCUGAGGAAACUCCUGCUGAAGGCGAGCCUCCAAAGAAGAAGGGUAAGAAGAGGGGUAGAAAGCCCAAGAUCCCCAGACCAGAUGAUAUCAUUUACGACGACAAGGGUAACGAAAUCAAUGUUCAGAAUGAUGAGAUUGUUCUUGACGAUGAAGACCCCAAGGGAUGCGAGAAAGUUGAUGACUUGGGCCGCUUGCAGGGUGACAGAAAGUACAGAGUCAAGACAUUCACUCUAUUAGGUAAGGGAGAACGUCUUUACAUGGUCUCCACUGAGCCAGCUCGUCUUGUCGGUUUUAGAGACUCCUACUUGUUGUUCAAAACCCACUUGUCGUUGUUCAAGAAAGUCUGCACACACGAGGAGAAGAUGGACUUGAUUGACCGUCACUUGAUCCCCACCUCCUACAAGGGUAGAUCUGUCAACCUCGUCACGGCCCGUUCUAUCUACAGGGAGUUUGGCGCUAGAAUGGUUGUUGGCGGUAAGAAGGUCAUUGACGAUUUCUGGGAGCAACAAGCUAUCGACCGAGGCGAUGUGUCUGGCGAAUAUGCCGACCCUGAGGAGGCCAACACUUCUAAUAGAGCCGCAAGUUACGGCGCUGAAAACUACCAAAACCAAAUUACAGGCUCGGCUUUGAUCAAUUAUCAGGCUGACCCCACAUGGAUGUACCAGGUGUGCAAACAAACACUAGAUUUCAACUCUACCUUGACGGAACAGAGAAACCAGGUCUGGCUAAGAGGUAUUAAAGACCCAUACAGUGGUUUCAACUUCUACCCUGAGGGAAGUCAGCCCAAGAGAGCUGUGUACAAGAAGUUGAGCUCGAAUGGUGACUUUAAGAGCUCGCUUGCGUUCUACAACCCAGAUAUUCGCCGCAAGGUAACCGGUCUUGCGUCCAUUCCCAAGGAGAUUUUCGACGACAUCGAGGACGAGGAGAUCAAGAAAGCCAUUCUCGAACAACAGGCAUACGAAAGAGCUGCUGCAAGGUUGUAG